AGUAUGGUGUUGUGUGAGUGUUCUGGGUGUGUACGCGGGUCUGUUUCUGGAGGAGCCGCUGUCUCCUUCUGUGUGUGAGUGAAUGACACUUCUGAGCUCAGUGGGAGUUUCCAGGAAGGAGCCAUAUUGAAGGCGCUGCUGAGCUGCACUCGGCUGGUUCAGCUGCGCAGAGAGAGAAAGAGAGAGAGAGAGAGUCAGAGGGAGGAGGAGGGCAGCUCCCUCUCAGUAUACACACUCACUCACACACACAUUCCUCAUCAUGGCUGCCACGGACGUAGACGUGUUUUCGAGUGAAGAAAAACGGAGCCUCAGUCUGGGCGGUCAUGUUGGCUUUGACAGUCUGCCCGAUCAGCUGGUCAGUAAAUCGGUGACACAGGGAUUUUGCUUCAACAUCCUCUGUGUGGGUGAGACGGGCAUUGGCAAAUCUACGUUGAUGAAUACACUUUUUAAUACAACAUUCGAGAAUGAAGAGGCCAGUCACUACCAGAAUGGCGUGUACCUUCGGCCGAGAACGUACGACCUGCAGGAGAGCAACGUGCACCUCAAGCUGACCAUAGUCGACACAGUGGGCUUCGGGGACCAGAUCAACAAAGAAGAGAGUUACAAACCCAUCGUGGAUUACAUCGACACACAGUUUGAAAACUAUCUACAGGAAGAGCUGAAAAUCAAACGCUCACUUUUCAACUACCAUGACACGAGAAUCCACAUCUGCCUCUACUUCAUCGCUCCUACGGGCCACUCGCUCAAGUCCCUGGACUUAGUCACAAUGAAGAAGCUGGACAGCAAGGUGAACAUCAUCCCCAUUAUUGCGAAAGCUGACACGAUUUCCAAGAGCGAGCUGCACAAGUUCAAGAUCAAAAUCAUGAGUGAGCUGGUGAGCAACGGUGUUCAGAUCUACCAGUUCCCCACGGACGAUGAAGCAGUCUCUGAGAUUAACUCUUCAAUGAAUGCACACCUACCUUUUGCUGUAGUGGGCAGUGUUGAGGAGGUGAAAGUGGGAAACAAGACAGUGAGGGCCAGGCAGUACCCCUGGGGAGUGGUCCAAGUGGAGAACGAGAGUCACUGUGACUUUGUGAAGCUGCGGGAGAUGCUGAUUCGUGUGAAUAUGGAGGACUUGCGGGAGCAGACUCAUGCCCGGCACUACGAGCUCUACCGACGCUGUAAAUUGGAGGAGAUGGGCUUUAAAGACACAGACCCUGACAGCCAGCCAUUCAGUCUACAGGAGACCUACGAGGCCAAGAGGAAAGAAUUCCUGAAUGAUCUGCAGCGUAAGGAAGAGGAGAUGAGGCAGAUGUUCGUCAAUAAAGUAAAGGAGACCGAGUCAGAACUGAAGGAAAAGGAGAGAGAGCUCCACGACAAGUUUGAGCAGCUGAAGCGCAUGCACCAGGAGGAGAAGAGGAAGGUGGAGGAGAAGAGGAGGGACCUGGAGGAGGAGAUGAACGCCUUCAACAGGAGGAAAAUGGCUGCCGAGACGCUCUCCCUCUCACAGCCGCUCAAGAAGGACAAGGACAAGAAGAAUUAAUUUAUGAGCACGACAUCGCAGGCUGACCACGGACUUGCCUUCCAUCAUCAUAGCGACGUCAGCGUUUGUCUGUUUCUUUCUUUUUUUCUUGUUUGUUUUCUGCAUUUUCCUCAUUGACAUUGUAAACGGACCAAAGGCAGCGCUCAGGACCUCAGACACAGAGCUGCGGUAUGAGGACCACCUUUCCAGUUGCGUUGCCUCUCACCACCAUUUUUCCUUUUGGUAGGACCAUUCAGGUUAUCUUCUUUUGGAUUUUUUUAUACAUGUUUCCCAUUAUUAUUAUUAUUAUUUUUAUUUCUUUGUUUAUAUUUUUGACUCUUGAUUUCUCACAGAAGAAGGCAAAACAGACUCAUGGACUAUGUUAGUUGUUUCAGUUUCAGUGUGUCAAUAUUGUUUUUAUGAAAAGCUAAACAGUCAAUAAUGUCAGGCCAAGUUAAUGCUUAAGUAGAGCUUGCAUCCCUUGCCAUAAUGUACAGUAGUAUUUAAUAUCUGAGCCAACACUCUACAGCAUAGCAAUAAUGACCAGAUCAUGUGUGUAAACCAGUAUGCAACUUUAAACCCAUAUGGGCACAACCAAAAAAACUAAACUUUUUUCCUUUUUUUGUUUUGUUUGUUUGUUUGUUUGUUUUUUGGAUGCUGUUUUUAUAAUAUCCCAACACAAAUAUGUUGUCUAUUUUAGUAGCCUUGAUGGAAUGAUGACACAUGCAAAGUAUGUUUUGGUAUAAAAUGUAUGGUUUUUAGAAAUAAAUAUUAUAAGCUAUGCAGAACUUAUUAUUGUAUCACCAUAAAUAAUCAAACUCUAAACAGGACUGAGAUCUGUAUCUGAAUUAAAAAUGUAAACUUAUGCCACUUCUAGCACUGAUAUGUCAAAAGAAGAGUCAUUGUAUACCCCAGUACUGAAAAUAAACUGAAACACCUCCUUGUUGUCCUGGA